UGCUCACACUAAAACACUGCUGAUGAGCAAACAGGAGCAGACUGGUGUGUGGGUCAGUACAUGGAUUUCAAUGGUGGAUACAUUUUCCUCCUGGAGCUGAAAAACAAGACUUCAUUUCUUUUAUGGAUGCCAGAAAUUUGAUCUGAUCAGCCUCUCACUUUUUUUUUUUUAAAUUCAUUUUUUGUUCUUGCUUUCGUUGUUGGUCUGCUGUGAUCAGGAUGCUUAUUCCUGUUACCAUGCAGCAGAUUAUCUCCACCCUGUUUGUGCUUGGCAGUGCUGUGGUGAUGUCUGCAGAGGGGAAGUGCCCAGCUGAGUGCUCCUGCGCCCCCCUGCCUCCACUGUGCCCACUGGGUGUCAGCUGGGUAACAGACGAGUGCGGCUGCUGCAGAGUGUGUGCACGGCAGUUCAACGAGGACUGCAGCGCCGCUGAGCCCUGUGACCACAUCAAGGGGCUACACUGCCAUCUUGGGGUUGGAGGAGAUCCUGAGAGAGGACUAUGUCGAGCUGAGACCCAGGGUUUGCCCUGUGAUUUCAGUGGCCAGGUUUUCCAGCAUGGCGAGGACUUUCAGCCCAACUGCCAGCACCAGUGCACCUGCAUGGAUGGAGUGGUGGGCUGCAUGCCCCUCUGUCCUCAACACGUUCUCCUGCCCGCGCGGCACUGCUUGUGGCCCCGGCUGACCCAACCUGAGGGCGGCUGCUGUGAGCAGUGGGUGUGUGAAGAUGACAACCACAUCAGUGAGGAGCCAGAUGAGAUGACACAAACCUCCCAACAAGACAGCCAGCACCUUCCCAACCACAUCAGUGCUCUGCUGCAGACCAAGCCUCGACACCCUGCCCUCACCAGAGGGACCACGUUCAGAGACAUGGUGUCCUUCCCUGUGUCUGAGGUACCACACAAACCCAUAUGUUUUCCACAAACCACUGAGUGGACCGAGUGUUCCACCACAUGUGGCAUGGGCAUAUCGAGUCGCGUGACCAAUAGAAACUCAGACUGUCGACUGGCCAGAGAAACAAGACUUUGCCGGAUCCAACACUGUGAGCAACAGUUUCCUGUGCCUGCCAAGGGAAAGAAGUGUCAGCGAAUUAUCCGCCUACAGGAAGAAGUAAGUAUCACCUUUGCCGGAUGCUCGACAGCACAGCGUUACCGGCCUCGUAUCUGUGGAACUUGCACUGAUGGCCGCUGCUGCACACCCUCUCUCUCCCGCACCGUGCGCCUCCGUUUCCACUGCCCAGAUGGAGAGGAUUUCUACAGAAAUGUCAUGUGGAUACAGCGCUGCAGCUGCACUGCAAACUGCCACACACACAGGGGGUCCCUCCACCCUUCUGUCAGUCUCCACAAUGACAUCCACAUCUUUAGACCCUGAGGCUGCCCCAUCAUGACCAGGCUUUUGCAACUUCCCCUUUCUCAUCCAAUUCAGCACACACGGUCUGCAGUUGCUUUCUGUCCAUUUUUCAAAAUUUCCAUGCGCCCAUGCAUCACAGACCCUUAAUCUCAAUUCUAGCAUGUUUGACAUAUUUGAACUGAGUCAGCAAUGAUUCCACUCCAGCUGAAAUCCACACAGCAGUUCAUCCGAGGGAGGAGGAAGAAGAAGAAGAAAAAAAAGAAGAAAAUUGAUUGUCAUGAAGAAUGAACUUGGCUUUACUCUUGCACUUAAGCCCUCUGCAUAAUGAAACAUUGCCCAAUCUUUCUAGUACCAGGGCAGCACUGAUGAAAACACACAGUAUGUUGCUGUGUCACACGGCUGACGGUGUUUACUGUUAUUUAUUAGUGGCUUUGUGUAAUCCCCAUAUAUGUACAUGUGACCCUGAGUCAUAGAUAUUGAAGUGAUUCAGACCAGAAAAAGUGAAAGAUUCUUCUUCUGAAAUAGUGACAAAGACAUAUUAAUUUGUGACUAUAAUAACAGCUGUUCAUUUUGUCCUGCCCUUUGUCAUAUCAUUGUUUUCUGUGUACAUAUAUGUGCGCAUGGCUGGGAGACAAUAUAGAUUAAAGCAACUGUGGAGGGGUAAAUUCUAGGAUCACCUCAUUUUUCGGGGUGUGAUUUUACUUAUUGUGUGUUUGUUUGUGUGUGUGUAUGUGCAUGCAUGCAUAGUAGGACCAGAAGUUCUCAUGAAGACCAAAACUUGGUCCAAAUGAGGCAGAAGCUAAUUUCUGAGAAACUGGUAAUAAGUUGAGAGCUAAGUUGCGAAUUGUGGUAUGUGUGUGCGUGUUUGUGUCCCACAAAUUGUACAUCCAAUUUCUUUAAUUUCAAGAGAUGAAAUGUCCUCUGUAUUUAAGGCAUUAUCUACUAUAUGUGAUGACUGUAAACUCCUGUAAAUAUAUGGAAAUAAAACAUAAUGGAUCUGUGA